AACUUCCGGUGUGCCUGUCUCAUCUCGAAGAGGAGAAUUCAGGUUAAACACCAACGGGUCAUUUGGAGGAAUAGACGGCUACUGGGUGGACGCAGGGGACGUGACUUGGUUUAAGUUGUAUCGAACAAAAGAGGAAUAAUGCUGCUUCGUAAAGUGGGUCAGUCCGCGCUGUGCGGCUCUAUUCUCAGGAUUCCUCCGGUGCUGUCAGGAGGUCAGCGACAUGCCGGGGCUGUGAUUGCUGUGCAAAACGCUCGUCUCUACGCAAGCCAAGCUGCAGAGGCGGUUCUGGAGAAGCCAGCAGCAGUCGGCAGUGACACCGCCACUAAAGUGGAAAAGAAGGCAGUGGCUACAGAAUCCAAAUCAUUCGCCGUCAACAUUUUCAAGGGGCAGAUCGCGACUGCCCAAGUGUUCCCCUACCCCUCAGUGAUGAACGAGGAGCAGGAGCAGUUUCUUCGAGAGCUUGUGGGGCCCGUGUGCAAAUUCUUUGAGGAGGUAAACGAUCCUGCCAAGAACGAUGUGUUGGAGAAGGUAGAAGAUCACACCAUGGAGGGCCUGAAGGAGAUGGGUGCCUUCGGUCUGCAGGUGCCUGCUGACCUCGGUGGCCUCGGCCUCUCAAACACACAGUAUGCCCGGCUGGUUGAGAUUGUUGGCAGUCACGACCUCGGUGUUGGAAUCACUCUGGGUGCCCACCAGUCCAUCGGCUUCAAGGGCAUCCUGCUCUUUGGGAAUCCAGCCCAGAAGGAGAAGUACCUGCCGAAGCUUGCCACAGGUGAGAAUAUAGCCGCCUUCUGUUUGACUGAACCAGCCAGUGGCUCUGAUGCCGCCUCAAUCAAAACCGUAGCUGUCCAGUCCCCCUGCGGACAGUACUUCACCCUCAGUGGAAGCAAGAUCUGGAUCAGCAAUGGCGGUCUGGCUGAGAUCUUCACAGUGUUCGCCAAAACCCCCAUGAAGGACCCCAAGACUGGAGAGAUGAAGGACAAGAUCUCAGCCUUCAUCGUGGAGAGGAGCUUCGGAGGAGUGACACAUGGGCCUCCUGAGAAGAAGAUGGGCAUCAAGGCGUCCAACACAGCUGAGGUCUAUUUCGACAACGUUCGUGUGCCAGCCGACUGCUUGCUUGGUGAGCUGGGCGGAGGUUUCAAGGUGGCCAUGAACAUUCUGAAUAACGGACGCUUCGGCAUGGCAGCCGCUCUCUCCGGCACUAUGAAGGGAGUCAUCACCAAAGCUGUGGAUCAUGCAGCCAACAGAACCCAGUUUGGGAACAAGAUCCACAACUACGGAACCAUCCAGGAGAAGAUUGCCCGCAUGACCAUGCUACAAUAUGUCACGGAGUCAAUGGCCUACAUGAUCAGCGGCAACAUGGACAGUGGCGCGUCUGAAUUCCAGAUAGAAGCAGCCAUCAGCAAGAUCUUCGCCUCUGAGGCGGCGUGGAGUGUGACUGACGAGUGUAUCCAGGUUAUGGGCGGCAUGGGUUUCAUGAAGGACACUGGAUUGGAGAGAGUGAUGAGGGAUCUGAGAAUCUUCCGAAUCUUCGAGGGCACCAACGACAUCCUGAGGCUCUUCGUGGCGCUCAAUGGCUUCCAGAACGCUGGUAACCAGCUGAAGAGCUUACAGAAGGCCUUGAAGAACCCUAUCGGCAACGCUGGGCUGCUCGCAGGAGAAAUCACAAAGAGAGCCAAAAGGAAGGCAGGUUUGAGCACGGGUCUGACGCUGCAGGGAACUGUGCAUCCUGAGCUGGCACACAGCGGAGAACUGACAACCAAAGCCAUUGAACAGUUCGGAGCGGUCAUUGAGGAGCUGCUGAUCAAACACGGCAAGAAGAUUAUUGAUGAACAAUUUGUCCUGAAGAGGGUCGCUGACGCUGCAAUCGACCUCUACGCCAUGGUGGUGGUCCUGUCCAGAGCUUCACGCUCUCUGAGUCAGGGCAGCACCUCAGCUCAGCACGAGAAGAUGCUGUGUGAGACCUGGUGUGCUGAGGCCUACGAGAGGAUCAUGAGUGACAUCAAGACUCUGCGCUCCAGCGAGUCCAGAAAGCUCUUCAAGAACAUGCGGACCAUCUCUGCAGCCGUGGUGGAGAACGGAGGAGUGGUGGCUCCUCACCCGCUGGGUUUCUAAACACACAACGCUCCCUAUAUCUUCAUAUCUGUUUUUUUUUUUUUUUUUCCCCCACUCUUCAACAUCUCCAUCCGUGUUCAGGGUCAUGUAUGACAACUCCUCUCAGACUAAAACAACUCUGUUAGCAUUAGCUCCAUCACACAUUGGUACGCUUACAUCUGCUUUGUGUAUUUAAGCUUUCAUGGAGUGAGAUGCACCUACAACUUUGGACUGAAUGAUUCAUGGCUUUUACAUAGAAAGAUGAAGAAAACUGAAGCUAAAGCUAUAUCAUGGUUAGCUUAGCCUAGCAUGAAGACUGGUAACUUAAGAAUGGCAAGUCUAACAAAGCUAGCUAAUAAAAUCAGCUAUCAUUUAGCUCAAAGUUGAGUGAAACUUGAGCUAACUUGCCACAAAAUUGUUUGUGAAUGUGUUUAUUUGCUGUAACGUCGAGAGUUAGCUUGAUGAGCAGAACGUUAUAACUCAAUUAAAUCUGAAGCUAAAGCUAUGAUAUGGUUAGCUUAGCUUGGCAUGAAGACUGGUAACUAGAAAUAGGCUAGCUUAACGAAGCUAGCUAAUAAAAAUUAGCUCAAAAUUGAUUAAAACUUGAGCUAACUUGCUAUAAAAGUGUUUGGGAGUGUGUUUAUUUGCUGUAACAUUGAGAGUUAGCUAGAUAAAAAGAACGUAACUCAAAGUUGAAGCUAAAGCUAUGACAUGGUUAGCCUAACCUGGCAUAAAGAGUGGAAACUGGAAAACGUCUAGCCUAAUAAAGCUAGCUAAUAAAAAUUGGCUAAUGUUUAGCUCAAAAUUGAGUAAAACUGGAGCUAACUUGCUAUAAAAGUGUUUGGGAAUGUGUUUAUUUGCUGUAACGUUGAGAGUUAGCUACAUGAGCAGAACAUUAUAACUCAAUUAAAGUUGAAGCUAAAGCUAUGACACGGUGAGCUUAAUCUGGCAUAAAGAGUGGAAGGAGGAAAAUGUCUAGCCUAACAAAGCUAGCUAAUGAAAUUGGCUAACGUUUAGCUCAAAAUUGAGUAAAACUUGAGCUUACUUGCCAUAAAAGUAAACAUGAAAUGUGUUUAUUUUUUUAAUGUGGAGAGUUAGCUAGAUGAGCAGAUUGAUAACAUUUAAACUAUUAAAUUUGAAGCUAAAGCUAUGAUAUGGUUAGCUUAGCCUAGCAUAAAGACUGGAAAAAAGCUAACCGAACAAAGCUAGCUCACAGAAUCUGCUAACGUCUAGCUCAAAAUUGAAUAAACUUGAGCUAACUUGCCAUAAAAGUAAACUUUUUAAAAUUAUUUAUUCACAAUUUGAAACUUUCUGUUCCGCUGUACUGUUUAAUCUGGACUGCAAUUAAUUUCAGUCUUUGUGAACCUAUUUUUCCAUCAUUUAUUUAGUUUCGAUUCAAGACCUCAAGAAUUUGAGCUGGAGUUUCAGUCUGCAUGAAUUAAGAACGUGUAAAAUUGGUCUGAUCAUUCAGCCCUGACUACCAGGUGCAUCUCAACCAGCUGAUGACUGAAUGUCUCCAAUGUGUGCAUGGAGCUCUUAAACGCAGCCUUCACUUUAUCUCAGCCUUCAUGACUGUAGCCGACUGAAUGAUCUCAUUUAAUCUGUCGAAAGUUACGGUGUCAUUUUUGCCUUUUGGUGGGAAAAAAAUAAAUACAACAAUGCAUCUUUAGGAUAAAGAGGCCAGUUACUGGAAGAAGCUUUAAACUUAUCUGUUUAUAGCAAUUUUAAUUUAUAUACAAAAGUAUUUUAACGACAGUUUUUUUUUCCUUCUUUGAUUUAUCUGCAUUGUGUUCAAAUGUAUAUAAUGGUGUGGUGUUUAUGUAUGAUAUAAAUGCCUUUCUGCAUGUCAAGCUCACUCGGUGCUCGUCACGGAAACAUUAACAUCCUUUGCCUUAGAAUCCGGUCCACAGACGCUGUUCGAAGUUCCUUUUUUAAAUACUGGUGCAGCUCAGCAACACUCUUCACUAAGGGCCAUCACGUUAACUUCCAAAGUGCAGGUGUUUUAUUUUCUUUGACUUAAGGUAGCAGGCAUCAUUUACUGUAUUAUAGAAAAUAAGACUGCAUACCGGUUGGUUUUUAGAAGCAAUUUCUUGUACGAUAAAUGCACUUGGUGGUGUUUUAAUCUGCUGUAUCAAAGCUUUCAUUAAACUUAAAUUAGGUCUGCACAUUCUCGUACUGUGACGAACAAUGCUGCUUUUAAGUUUGGACACUUAGCGUGCAUUGUGCCGGUUAAAUACCAGAUAUGAUCACAUGCUUCUUGUGUUGCAGAAAAAGAAUGUUUUGGUGGAGUCUGAGUUUGUACAGAUCUACUUUGAGAUUGUGGGUUAACAGCGCAUUUAUUUGGAUCAAUAAAUAAAGUAUUCAUCUGUC